GAGAAGCGCCGCCGCGAUCGCAUCAACAACAGCCUGUCCGAGCUGAGGAGGCUGGUGCCCAGCGCCUUUGAGAAGCAGGGAUCAGCCAAGCUGGAAAAAGCAGAGAUUCUGCAGAUGACUGUCGAUCACCUGAAAAUGCUGCAUACGGCAGGAGGGAAAGGUUAUUUUGAUGCUCAUGCUUUGGCUAUGGACUAUCGGAGUCUAGGGUUUCGAGAGUGCCUGGCUGAAGUCGCUCGAUACCUUAGCAUUAUAGAGGGUCUGGACGCCUCCGAUCCUCUGCGAGUUCGACUUGUGUCUCAUCUCAACAACUACGCCUCUCAACGGGAAGCAGCGAGUAGUGCACACGCUGGCAUUGGACACAUUCCUUGGGGCAGUGCCUUUGGACAUCACCCUCACAUAUCUCACCCGUUGCUGCUGGCUCAAAACGGGCACGCUAAUACCAGUACUACAGCAUCUUCCACAGAAUCACAUCACCAGACCAGAAUUGCCGCCCCACAUGCUGAAACUUCCUCACUCAGAGUGCCCCCAAAUGGCAGCGUUGGACCAGUGCUCCCCGUGGUCACAUCUACCAAACUGUCUCCUCCUCUUCUCUCCUCCAUGGCAUCUCUGUCUGCGUUCCCCUUUUCGUUUGGCUCCUUCCAUCUGCUGUCCCCCAACGUGCUGAGCCCCUCUGCACCAACGCAGUCAGCAGCCCUUGGCAAACCAUACAGACCUUGGGGGACUGAGAUUGGAGCCUUCUAA